CCGUCAAAGUGACCCCACCCGCAUCGAGUCACUGCGGUGGAUUCGUGGCCUCACCUGCUAAUCCAUCUGCUGCGCUCGAGACGCCGGAGAGCGAGAGCCCCGCCUGCAGCGAUGGCGACCAAGCAGCACUUCCUCCUCCUCCUCGCCGCGGCGGCGAUGCUCCUCCUCCUCCUCCUCCUCCCCUCCGGCUCCACAGCCACCGCCGUCGAGUACUGCAAGAAGGGGCUGGACUACCCAGUGAAGGUGAGCGGCGUGGAGGUCGUCCCCGAUCCCGUCGUCAGGGGCGAGCCGGCUACCUUCAAGAUCUCUGCCUCCACAGAUAAAAACAUCACUACAGGGAAGCUAGUGAUAGAUGUUGCAUACUUCAUCUUCCACGUUCAUUCAGAAACUCACAACUUCUGUGAUGAGACCUCUUGCCCAGCAACUGGUGAUUUCGAGCUAGCUAGCCAACAGACAUUGCCAUCAUUCACCCCACCAGGUUCUUACACUCUCACUAUGAAGCUGCUGGGAGACAGCAACGAGGAACUGACCUGCAUCUCAUUUGGGUUCAGCAUACGGUUUGUUACACCUAAUGCCGUUAUCUAAACUCAAACUCGACCAGCGUUUGUGUGCCAAACACGCCAUGCAAUUACAGAACACUCUUAUUAGUUAUUCCUCCUUACUUUCGAAUGACUUAGAAUGUGUGUUCAACCACCCUCUUUUAUUCGGAGUUGGACAUCUAACUACAUAUGGUGAUACCAACAGAACCAUGUUUUGUUGGUGCAUAUCAGCAUGCCUUUUACAUGUUGCACAAUUGGACACUGCCUUUCGUUAAUUGUU